AUGCAGGCAACGUUGGGAAAGAGAGGCGAUACCGUCAACAACGCCAAUGAAGCAUUUGGCCCUCUGAAGUUUCGUGACGAUGGCACUUUUCAGAUUGCAGUGUUUGAAGAUCUUCACUUUGGUGAGAAUGCCUGGGACAGCUGGGGACCACAACAAGACAUCAACUCCGUCAGGGUCAUGAACACCAUCCUCGACACCGAGGACCCAGACCUGAUCGUGCUCAACGGCGACCUGAUUACAGGAAACAACGCCUUCCUCGAGAACGCCACCGCCUACGUCGACGAGAUCGUCGCGCCCCUCGUCGCCCGCGGCCUGACCUGGGCCUCGACCUACGGCAACCACGACAGCGACUUCAACCUGUCCCGCCAGGCUCUCUGGGCGCGCGAGUCCCUCUGGCCCAACUCGCGCACGGGGAACAUGGUAGCCGGAGAAGACGGCCAGCAGCAGCCGCAGGCAGGCAUCACAAACUACUACCUCCCCGUGUACGGGUCCAGCUGUGGCCCUUCCUGCAUGCCCGCGCUGAUCCUGUGGUUCUUUGACAGCCGCGGCGGCCAGUCCUACCAGCAGCUCGACGCCGACGGCAACACGGUGCCCCAGCCGUGCUGGGUCGACGAGAGCGUCGUGGCGUGGUUCCGCUCGACACGCGAGGCGCUGUCUGCAGCCUGGGAAGGCAGGGUCAUCCCCUCGCUGGCGUUUGUGCACAUCCCCGUGGCGGCGGCGCAGGCCCUGCAGGUGGAGGACGGGGUCAGCCCGGCGUUCCAGCCUGGCGUCAAUGAUGAUGUUCCUCUUGCGGCGCAGGGUCAAGGGUGGUGUGCGAAUGGGACGGUCGGGUGUGCUUAUGGGGGCCAGGAUGUGCCGUUUAUGGAGGCUUUGGUUGAGACGGAGGGGUUGAUGGGGGUGUUUUCGGGUCAUGAUCAUGGCGACACCUGGUGCUACAAAUGGGACGGCACCACCCCAAGCCUAAACCUCCCAGGCAACGGCCUCAACCUCUGCUUCGGCCAGCACACAGGCUACGGCGGCUACGGCCAUUGGAUCCGAGGCUCGCGGCAGAUCCUUGUGACGGAGGCCCAGCUGCAGCUGCCACUCCAGGACCUGGCCGUCGACACGUGGAUCCGGACCGAGGACGCGGGCGUUGUUGGCUCUGUGACGCUCAACUCGACAUAUGGGCUGGAUGUGUAUGCUGAGACCCCGAACGAGGAUACUUUCUGUCCUACUUGCAUCUACUCUUAA